AUGGCUAAGGUUUACGAUGUUAUUAUUGCUGGUGGAGGACCUGUUGGAUUAUUCUUGGCAUGUGAGCUAGGAUUAAGAGGUACCUCCGUCUUGAUAUUGGAGAGCAACCCCAAAUCGGAAUCACCCUGGAAAAUUGAGCCAUUAGGACGGCGAGGACUAAACACGCCGUCCGUUGAAGCAUUUUACCGGCGAGGGUUGCUGGAUAAGUUAUUUGAUGGUGAGGAUCGGCCUUCAACGAUUCGGAAGACUGCUGGAUUCCAGUUUGGUGGUCACUUCGGUGGCAUCAUGCUCAAUGCCAACAACCUCGAGCUUGACCGUUGGAAAUACCGCCUUCCUGGGCCAGCUUUGACACCUGGCCCGACGACCAUCAAAAAAAUUGAAGCGGUGUUGAUCGAGCGCGCAGAAAGCUUGGGAGUUGCCAUUCUCAGGGAUAAAGCUGUGACCGAAAUAGUAGCACAAAGCGAAAUCGGAGUCACAGUCAAGACCACUGAUGAUGCGUUCUAUAGCGGUAGAUGGCUCGUAGGGUGUGAUGGUGGACAAAGCAGAGUUCGGAAGGCUGCGCAUUUUGAUUUCGUUGGAACAGAAGCGAGAUUCACAGGUUAUGCAAUCAAGUGUGAUUUCAACCACCCAGAAAAACUGAGACCCGGAUUCCAUGUUACCAAAACUGGCAUGUAUAUCGUCGCAGGAACGGACUGUUUACAUCUUGUGGAUUUUGAUGGUGCUAUAUUUGAUCGAAGGCAGGAAAUCACGAAAGAGCACCUUCAGGACGUGAUGAACCGAGUGACGGGAAUCACAGACUUGAAAAUCACAACUGUACACCUUGUAUCCUCGUACACUGAUCGAUCGAAGCAAGCUACAAGCUACCGCAAGGGCCGAGUUCUCCUCGCUGGUGACGCGGCUCACAUUCACUCGCCACUCGGAGCUCAAGGUUUGAACGUCGGCCUCGGUGAUGCCAUGAAUCUAGGUUGGAAACUCGCAACAACGAUUCGACAGGAGGCAGUAUCCAACAAAGACCCGGUAGAUCUUACACUACUUGACACAUACGAAAACGAACGUCAUCCUGUAGGGGCAUGGGUUCUUGAGUGGACUCGUGCGCAAGUUGCUAUGUUGCAGCCUGAUCUGUAUGGAGCGGCUAUUCAGACUCUUAUUCGUGACCUCAUUGAUACUCCGGAUGGAACUAAUCUGUUUCUCGACCGUAUCUGGGGUCUAUCACAGCGAUAUAUUCUCGGAAAAGGGGAUAGUUAUACCAAUUCACUUGUUGGGGCCAGUGCUCCAGAUUUCGAGCUGGCUGACGGCUCGAGGUUAGGCUCGAAAUUACAAAGUGGACGAGGUUUGCUGGUGGAUUUCGAGAACAAUGCGACACUCCAUGAGUCAAUUGAUGAUAAGUACACAAACACAAUAGAUAUUAUCAACUUAGGAGCAAUGAUAAAAUGUGGCCUGCGGGCUUUGGUAGUACGGCCUGACGGUGUCGUUGCUUGGAUAUUAGAAGACAAUGAUACGUUUAAUACUGUCGAAUUCAACAAUGCUUUGGAAAAAUGGUUCAGAGAAUAA